AAAAAAAUAAGAAUGACGACGUCUCCAAGACACAUGCACCUAGCAAAUGCUAGAAUGGCCAAUAAUACUAGUACGACUGCAGCAGCAGAAGUAACCAAACUGGUCAGACAGCACUUUGAUCCUCCACCAGCACCACCAUACAGAUAUCAGAAGGUGUGUCAGAAGACCAGUCAAACUUUGUUACACGAGAGACCAGAAAGUACUUGGCAGGAAAAUUAUGAUCGAAGAGACCAUCACAUGAAGUGUGGCUACUAUAGUCUUCCAAAUGAACCCUACAGAAAUAUUGGUGGUCAGUUUGACCUUGAUCCCUUUGACCUUGUGUUGAAGACAAUUUCAAAAAAUUUAGAUGUGAAGGUUUGGGAAGCUAGAUCAAGACAAGGAACCGCUACUAAAUCAAGACGAACACCUCAAAGGAAAAGAAGACAAAGUUUACUUCCCCCAAUAUCCAAUGAAAAGAGAGCUAAAUCUCCGACAAAGUCAGAAUGUCAGUUACUUGAAAAUAAACAAUCAGAUGGUGGAAUCAGUACCAUAAAGGAUCAGCUGUAUGACCUUCAAAAAGCCAAGAAAUAUGUACUAGCAGGACAGUCAUUCGAAAACUUCAUUAAACAUCUACAGGACAUUAAAGCCAAUAAGGUUAAGUCAACUAAAAAGAAUGAAAUGGUCCUUCCUGUUCUACCGUUGUCAGAUCCCUUAAUGGAACUUCCAGUAGAAAUUUCAGACACAGAACUGCAGUCUUUGCUGACGCCAGUGUUUGGUAAAAGUUCUAUGAUAAGUUUUGUUACCAACAAGAAAAACCUUGAGGUAAAAACUAACACACCAACCAGUAUGGAAAAAAACAGGAAGGAUGGUACUAACAUUAUUCAACUUCAGUCUCCACAAAUUAAUCCAUCAAUUAUUCAAGAUGUUCCUUCAGUGCAAAAAACAGGAUCUGCCAAUCCUGGGAGUUCAAAAAUGACUAUGAUAGAAAAUCGUAAAAUGUCUGUUUAUCUACGAUCAACAACUUCAGUAAUGGCUGUAAUGGACCAACAAGCUGCUGCGAAGGAACGUAAAGAGAGAAUGAAGAGAAUACACAUGGAAUACAUUGAGGCAGUGAAUAUUGUUAUUAAUAGUCUAUGUAAUAUGAAAACAAAGGAUUUAAAGUCAAAGACCCCUUUAUCAUUUGAUCAUCUGAAGCAGUUGAGAAAGGAUACAGUCUUUAUACCACAAACACCAGCUGAUGGAAAUAUGCUGAGUCGACUGUCCAGGCCAACUAAGAAUGCUUCAAUUAUCACAGUGCCAUCAGAGAGUAAAGUUGGUGGUUUUUCAGGACUGUUCGCCAAAAAAAAACAAUCAAAUCUGUUUGAACAUGUUGCUAUGCUUCCAUCAAAACUUACAUCGAACAAAUUUAGUCAACUGUUGAAGCCAAAGCAAAAGGAAUAUGAGUUAAAAUUGGAAUCAUGGGAAGACUUUCUGGCAGUUGAUCCACACACUCCUAUGCCAGAGAGAAAAAAGAAGAGGUCAUUUGCCACCGGAGUUAUGAGCCUUGUCAAGGCAGUUCAGUGGCACAAGAAAAUAAGUGAAUCAACCAAUGUUGGCAGUCCAUCUUUAACAAAAACCGGUACUGAGAGCAAAUCACCAGAGGUACAAAAUAGUACAGCAAAAAUAGAAAGUAUCGCUAGAUUAUUACACAAUGAUCCUAGCAAAAAACUACCUGCUAUUCGGAAAACUCCAGUCUGGCAAAGAAUAGCUGCAGAAAAAGUGGAUCUGUAUGAAGAAAUUAAAAGUGAUAAAAAAGAAAAGGUUGAGCCAGAAGAUAUCGUCUCCAAUAUGAGGACCAAGUUUAUUCAUUUGAAACAUAAACAUAAACAAGAAACAGAUGCAGAAGUUCAGAAACUGGAAAGGGAACGACUGUUAAUAUUUAAGUAUAAGUAUGGACUGUUUAGUGACAUGAGUUCAGUGUUUGAUGAACACUGCCUGGAGCUUGCUCAUGCAAGAAAUAAAAUAAAUGAUAGUGUAGAUAUAGGAGAACUUAUCAAGCCAUCUUUAUGGUAUUCAGAGUUAAAAGAGAAAGCCAUUAAGGUGUGUGGUUCAGGAAAUGACGUAGAAGAAAUAUUCCAAAAAAUGGGACGUCAUUCUAUGAUGGAUGGAAAAUCUGUUCACUUAGGAAAGGCAAAACUUUGUUUGAUUGUAAUGUCACUGCCUGCCCACGAGAUUUGUACAGUAGCUUUUCAAACAGCCAUUAAAUUUGUCCUGGAAAGAAUAAUGCUCCAUGACCUGAGAAACUUUAUAGAAUGGUUACAACUAAGGAAGGUCCCUUACAAUGUGUAUGACAGCAAAGAUACCAGGAGAGACACUCUUAAAAUUUAGUGGAUGUAUAACUUAAUUUAAUUAUCAAAACAGAAUAUCAGCUUUUAUCUUGAAAGUAAUGAGCCAAACUUUUGAAAAACUUUCUCUUGAACUUGUAUAAGAUUUUUUUUUAUUGGAAAACAACUUAGUUCUUUUAGAUUAAAAAAAAAUCUGCAUGAAUUCUUUAUGUUUCACUUAACUUUAAGUUGUGACAGUCAAUUUAAAGAUUUCAGCAGUUUUAACUGCUUGGCUUUUUUUUUUGAGAAGUCCAUUUACUCUUAAUUUUCAAAAAAAUUAAAGAUAUUUGCUCCUAUCAACAUUAUUAAAUCUUGAAAGAAAGUACUCCAGUACAGUUCAUUGUAUUAUGUGUCAUAAGAAAAGGGUGCUUAUUAAAUAUAUUA